GAAUUCAAUAAAUUUAAUCAAAUAAAAUCGUGAUAAAAAAAACGAGUUUUCUAUUCGGAACAAGAAAAAUGUUUGAAAUAUUGUAAAUAUUUGUAAAUUGUUUGUGAACGAAUCAUCAAAGAAUAACGUUAUAUUCCACAUAAAUUAGUAAAUAGUUUCCUUUUGACAAAAUGCCGAUUCGACGCCGAAAAUUUCAUGGUUUGUAUUUUCAUUCAUCUGCGCCACGAGUUGUGACGAUGAAAGCACGCGGUCAGGACAAUGAGACAACAAGAGAAGCCAUUGUUAUCAAGCCAUCGAACAUACGAAUUUGGAUCCAUGAUAAAGACAUCGGCAAGUUAACACAGGUUCUAUGGGAAGGUCAAGGCAAUCGUCUACGCACCGAAAUUUGUUCGAACAAUCGCGUUAAGAAAUUUUUGGACGCCGUUCCGUAUGUCAUGAAUGUGAUAAAACAAACGCAUACCGCUGUCGUGGAAAAUAAUUUGGAUGAACUGAUUAACAUAACGUCGCCACCGGUACCGAAAGGAUUGCUGUCGAGCAAAGAUGUGAAUGGUCUAACGCCACUGCACAAAGCAGCCGGCUUGGGUCAUCUGGCCAUCGUCGAAUACAUUCUACGAAUGAGCCCAUCGACCGCUACCGACAUCGAUGCCACCGGCAAAACUCCACUGCAUUGGGCUAGCACACUCGAAAUUUACAAUAAACUUGUCCAAGCUGGUGCUGAUGAGCUUGCCUGUGAUUAUCGAAUGAAAACGGCCAACUUUUACAGAAGUAAAUCAAGUGAACUGCAUAAGUCAUUUUUAACGGUUAUACCUGAGUCACCACGAGUUCCACAGUCCGGCUUACCGCCGAACUACGAUUGGGCAAUGUUCGACGAAGAGCACAACUAUCAACUCAUCAGAAAUAAUUUUGUCCGAAAGAGUCAUUCAACUUAUGGCAGCUUCAAUACGUUGGUUGGGAGCGACGAUCGUAAUCAUGGUUCGGCCGAACUGAUUCCCAACAUGCGAGACGAUGAAUCCGAAUCGAAUGACGCUGAAAUGCAAAAUGAAAUUGAAACGAUGGACGAUGGCGAACCGGAGGUAAAUGGGAAGGGCGAUAACGAAAACGGUGAUGAAAACCACGAAACAAUGGAUCAAAGCGAUGAACCUGAAAAUGAAAACGAAGUAGCUGAACCCGAAGCAGAGCCGGACGAAUCACAUGACGUUGAAAAUGGCAAUGGCAAUGGACUCGAAGAAAAUGAUGAAUCAACGGAAAAUCCUGAACAAAACGAUGCCGAUGCCGAUGCCGACGCCGACGCCGAUACCGAUGCCGAUGCAGACAAUCAAACCGAAAUGGAAAAUGGAGAUGCACAAGAAGAAGAUGAAGCUGAACCAGAGGAAAAUGGUGAUCACGAAGAAGCCGAUUUGCAAAGCGGAGAUGAGGCUGAUUCACAAAAUGACGAAGAGCAGCCCGAAGCUGACAUCGAGAAUGGGGAGGAAUCAAAUGAAAUGCAAAACGGCGGCGACCACAAUGACGAAGACCAAGAGGAAAAUGGGAAAAAUGAAGAAUCACCCAUUACGAGUGAGCAUCAAUCGCCUCGAGUAGAUGAGCGCAUAGAUAGUGCUGAAAAUCGCGAGAUUUUAAUCAUCGAUCACGGAGAUGAUCCCAAUGAACAGAAUAUGAAUGACGAGCACGAAGGUAUUGAACAUCAACCACACGAUGCUGAGGACGAUGAUAAUCAUAUAACAACCAUUGAAGCAUCAGAAAUUGAGAAUUUCAAUGAUAUGGACGAUGUGCCUGAUCUAGAGUAUGAAGAAGAAGUGCCAAUGAAUUCGAAACCAGGUAUGGCAAUGAGUACAAAAUCGUCGGCUAAGACUCAAAACUCGGCUGCCAGUUUGCGAAGUGCACAGAGUGCGAAGAGUACAAAGAGUGCAAAAAGCGCAACGAGUGCAACGAGUGCAAAGAGUGCGAAGAGCACAGCGAGUGCAACUAGUGCAGCGAAUGCAACGAGUGCAAAAAGUACGCGUUCUACGAAAUCCAUGACAUUCGAAAAUGGAAGUGAGAAUGGUUCGAAGCCAGGCACUGCGGAAGUACCAAGCAAACCAAAUUCAGCAGCGAUCAGUACGAAAAGUGUUGCAUCGGCAAAAUCUCGACGCAGUAAUGUGAGUAGUGCAGCAAGUCGAAAGGGGUCAGCGCAAAGUAAUCAGAGUCAGAAGAUUGAAGAAGGUCAGGCAGACGGUGCAGAGCCCAUGGAAAGCGUUGAAGAGACGAAUAAAGAAGCUGAAAUCGUAGAGAAUGAAACCGAAAGCGAAAAUGUCGAAGGUAACGGAAACGACGAUGAAUAUGGUGAAGUUGAAAAUACAAACGAACCAGAUGGAAAUGAUGCGACUGAAGAGGCAGAGCAACAUGAUAAUGAUACGACCGAUACGAAUCAAGAGGAACAAGAAGAACACCAACAACCACAAGAAGAAACUAACAAUAACGAGGAAAACAAAACGGCACCUGAACCAGUCGAAAAUGAAACGUCCGAAAAUGCUGAAACAAACGACGAAUCAAAUGCAAAAGACGCCAAUGAUCCGGUUAUGGAAAUUGAGGGAAUUGUUCAUGGCGAAGCCGACAACAACGUCGUUCAAUCCGCUAGCCGCUUCAGCGCCAUCGACAAUAACGACAAUAAAAAUUACAUGCGCGCUCAGUCGAUAAUUGACAAACAGGACAUGGAACAACUGGCUGCGAUGGUGUUGAAUGGUGAUGGUCAAUAUUUGAUUGGCUCCAAAUCGAGCCAGCCCGAAAUUCAAGCUUUUAUCGACAAUGUGCCAGCGUACAUGAACAAAAUUCGUCGCGUUCAUGUUGCGGCUCGCGAAGGAAGCUUACGUGAUUUACAGUCAGCGUUGGAUCGACGCAAAUUCGCCAUUGCCAAAGAUGAUUGUUCACCGGGCAAGUGCACGCCCAUUCAUGUUGCCACCAUUUUUGGCCACGCAAGUAUUUUACGGUAUUUGGGUGGUCGUUUCCCUGAAACAACGUCGUCGGUUGACGAGAACGGGCGGACCGCACUGCAUUAUGCGGCCACUAUAAAAGACAACGGACACUUUUAUAAUUUGUUAGUUCAUUUAGGAUCGAAUCCGAAUGCCAUCGACAAGUUGGGUCAUAACGCUGAAUUCUAUUUGGACCACGAUAAAACGGAUAAAAUUUUAUCUCAUGCUGAGUUGCUGCGACAAUUUGGCGUAGCUAGUUCGGCUGCGGAUGGCAUGCUAAAUGAUCAAGUACCGGAUGACUUGCAUAGUGCACGACGUGAAAUCGACGAUAUCGAUGUGCUGAGCACAUUAGAGCGAUGCUUUCGCAUCAUUCAUGAUGCAUCCAAGCCAGCGGGUAACAAUUCAGUGGAAAGUGUUCCGAGAAAAUUACAUCCGAAAAGUGUACCAGGCAGUGCAACAUCUGCGUCACGUAUAUCGUCGAAAGCCUAUUUAGCGCGGUUCUUGAAGCGCAGCAUUUUCGAUAAAAUCAAGGCGCGCCAAACACGCAUCGAUCACAAUUUAUUCGAUGUAAUUUGGCCGGCAAUGAAAAAGCGCAACACGCUCAGCUCGAACCCCGAAUUUGAAUUGAGCACGGACGGUGGAAUUGUCGCACCCGAUUUGGAUGUGUUUGUCGUUUUCCAAGAAUUCCUCGUGCCACUUAUCAAAGAUUUACAUUGCAUCGAUAUAAACAGUGACUUUCAUCCGCAUCCCGAAACGCAAUACUUUCCCGCAAAUAGACACAACGAGAACACUCUCAGCGAAAAUGUUGACGUCGACACAUCGAACGAAAUAGCGGGCAUAAAUUUGGAUAAAGGUAACAAAUAUGUGCGGGCCUGUGUAAUCGAAGUGAGUCGUAACCUGGAACGAUUCGAAUUACCGUUGAAUUUAACCGUUGGCCCAUUGGAACAAGUCGAACGAAUAAUUACGGCACGAUUGUUAAGCACCGAUUUCUCGCGAACCAUCGAAGAAAAGGAAUUGGGUGUCUAUUAUACAAUGAACGAAGUGCUCGAAAACGGAUCGGAAAUUCGUACAAUUUUAGCGGCAAAAGGACUUUUAAUUCCACUGCUGAGCAACGAUGAUCCAUAUCAAAAAGCCGAAUCGAUUGCAAUCAACGGACGAUUUUGGCCAUAUGGCCGUGGAGUUUUUGUGAAUGCCUCUUACGAUUUUGUGGCAUGGAUCAAUUGCCAAGAACAUUUACGCAUUUUAUGCUGUACAAACAGCAAUACUUCGGCCAACAUUGGUCGAACCUAUGUGAAAAUCGGAAAAGCCAUCAUGUACUUAACGGAACAAAUUGAAUUUCGAAAUAGUUACUUUUUGGGCUAUCUGGCUGCUCGGCCCAGUUUUCUUGGUACAUCUUUACGCAUUUAUUUGACAUUGGAUUUGCCACAUUUGAUCAAAGAACCGGAUAAUCUGCAGCAUUUAUGCAAUGUUCGCGGUUUACGAAUGUCAUUGCCACUCAAUUCAACGUAUAUACGUGUAUCGAAUCUACAAGCCCUAUCCGUGACUGAGUGGAAAAUUUUCCAAGAUUUUUGUACCGCCGUUGCCAACAUUAUUCAAUUAGAAAAGGACCUAUCGAUUGAUAGUAGCAAUCACAUAGCCAGCAUGCUUAUGAGCAUAUUUCGAAAGAAACGAAACAACAAACCAAUAGAGGAGAAACAAACAGGAACACCACUAUUUCAAACGGACGAAGGACGAUAUUUAGCCGCAACUUUAGGUGAUCCACUGAUUAAAGGACUUACAGAAGUAGCAAACAGUCGACCAGCCGAUCCGGUAAAAUUCUUAGCAGAUUAUUUGCACUGCAUUGCAGACAAUAAGAAAAUUAUAAACAAUCAACCGGACGUGCGAAAGGAAGAUCAAGAAAAACAACAGCAGAAACAACAGGCUCAAUUACAAUCGAAACCACAAACUCAACAGCCACCUAUUCAGAAGCAGAAGCAGCAGCAGCCGAAUAAUCAAGAAGAAGAGGAGAUUCAACAACCAAAAGCAAGACCACCGCCGCGCAAAAUGGACCUAUCUCAAUAUGAUGAGAUCGAUGAUGAAAACAUAUCGGCGAGUAAUGCGCCAGAACCUGCAGCAACUAGUGAUGAACGAGACGAACACGGACAGAGUGUGUUGCACUUUGCAUGCGCACGUUCGCACGGACGCAACGCAUUGAUUCAAUUGAUUGAAGAUUCAGGCGUUAGCAUUGCCUAUCGUGAUGAAUUAUACCGAACAGCUAGAGAUGUUUCAAUGCAGGCCACACAGCCGGAGAACACACGUGAAAUCGAUAAAUAUGUUCUCAGUCUCGCUGCACGAGGCGAGCUAAAUGCAUUUAAGCAUCUAGUCGUCGAAGGCUACGAUCAUAUUGUUGACGUUCAUGAUGAUGAGUCGAUUGUUCAGAUUGCGUAUGCUCGGGGAUUUGAAGAACUGGGCCAAUAUCUGGAAGGCAUACCAGCUUUCGAGACGAACCGGGAAAAAUUGCAUCGUUCGAUAAGGUCUGGUGACAUACGCGCCGUGAGACAACUUAUUGAGUUACCCGAAGGGCCAUUCCUCGCGAAAGCUAAAAACUAUUACGGUCGAACGGCUUUACAUAUUGCCGUACUGAAGGAAAAGGAGGAAAUCGUACAGUAUUUGGCAACGAAUAUCAAGCAAACUCUACAUAUCGGUGAUAAUCUUGAACGAACUGCAUUGCAUUACGCGAUGGGCGUGAGCUCGGUGGAAACUCAAAGCAGAAUUCUAAUCAAGAACGGCGCUAAACGUGUGCUCAAAGAUCUGAAAGGACGUCAACCGAGCUACUAUUUCAUGAACAAAUCGGAUAUAUCACGUUUACAAGAGGAAGAAGAAGAAGAUGAAUUAUAAAUUCAAUUCAAAGACUUGUUGAUUACGAAGGUCACAACACUACCACCCCACCAAAUAAAAGGGAAUAUAAGCUUCGCAUAUUCAUAUAUUGAAAUACGCAAUUUCUUUAGAUUCGUUUCUAACAGGCAGCACAAAAUUUGCACCAUCCAACAUAUGUUCUUAUUGUUCUAGUAAAAGAAAAUAACGUUGUUCAAUUCAUUUCAAUUCAGUUCCGUUCAGUUCAGUUCCACCAUAUUGUAGACUGCAACAAACAUACAUAAUUAAAAUGUUAAUAUCUUCAGCAAUAGAUCAAUAAAGAGAUUAUAUGGCAAAUGAUUAUAAUGCAAUAUAAAAAUAAA